AUAUUUGACUCUUCUCGCCUUCGUUCCGAGUUUCAAAACGGCAAGUUUCAGAGGAUUUCAUUAGGAUUAUAUUACUAGAGACAGAUCCUCGAAUAGAAAAGAAAAUGUCAGAACUACAGCUGCCUCCAGGAUUCCGAUUUCACCCAACCGACGAAGAGCUGGUGAUGCACUAUCUCUGCCGCAAAUGCGCCUCUCAGUCCAUCGCCGUCCCCAUCAUCGCUGAGAUCGAUCUCUACAAAUAUGAUCCUUGGGAGCUUCCCGGUUUAGCCUUGUACGGUGAGAAGGAAUGGUAUUUCUUCUCUCCAAGAGACAGAAAAUAUCCGAAUGGUUCUCGGCCGAACCGGUCAGCUGGUUCGGGUUACUGGAAAGCUACUGGAGCUGAUAAACCGAUCGGACUUCCUAAACCGGUUGGGAUUAAGAAGGCUCUGGUUUUCUACGCCGGGAAAGCUCCAAAGGGUGAGAAAACCAAUUGGAUCAUGCAUGAGUACCGUCUUGCCGACGUUGACCGAUCAUCGGCUGCUCGCAAGAAGAAGAAUAGUCUCAGGCUGGAUGAUUGGGUUCUUUGUCGGAUUUACAACAAAAAAGGAGCCAUCGAGAAGCGAGGACCACCACCAACUCCGGUUGUUUACGGCGACGAGGUCGUGGAGGAGAAGCCGAGGCUGUCGGAGAUGGGCAUGCCUCCUCCGCCGGUGAUGCCGAAUGAUUUCGUGUACUUUGACACGUCGGACUCGGUGCCAAAGCUGCAUACGACGGAGUCGAGCUGCUCGGAGCAGGUGGUGUCGCCGGAGUUCACGAGCGAGGUUCAGAGCGAGCCCAAGUGGAAGGAUUGGUCGGGUGAGAAAAGUAGCCUUGAUUUUGGGUUUAAUUACAUAGAUGCCACCGCGUUCGGGGGAGGAGGAGGGAGCAAUCAGCUGUUUCCGCUACAGGACAUGUUCAUGUACAACAUGCCCAAGCCUUAUUAGGUGAAGGCAAACGCUCGUCUAUGGGUAUCACGAGAUCGGUUACGGUCGGUCAAUGAGUGUGCCGCCAUUAGAUAUUUAUUACCAUGAUGUUUGUUGUUCAGUGUUACUUUUAUUUUCUAAGCGGUCAGAUUACGGGAAAUCUCUAAUCGGAUGGCGGUCGAUGUGUCAUUGUACUAGUGUUGUUUGGUAGAAGAAUCCACAUGUCUUUUCUUUUUUGGGCUUUAGUGGGGCAUAAAAGUCAAAAGCUAAGGAUAUUUGUUAUUAUCUCCUUCGUAAUAAUCAAUUAAAUAUUUCUUGAUA